CACAUUUUUCUGUGGUGCAACAACAAUUGCCUCAUCACCCUCCUCACAAAAAGGCAGCGAUUCUUUUCUGGAAUCUCAGAGGAAAUUGAAACUCAACAAGAGAGAGCGAGAGAGAGAGAGAGAGAGUACAGUAGUACUAAAAGGGAGAUCGAUCAAUUUGUUUCUCUUCUGCGUUCUCGAUCUCGUGAGUUGGAGCUUCGUGAUUUCGCUUCUCGAUCUCUGUGCUGUGGCGGGGAGGGGAAAUCGAUGAGGAUCAGGAAGAGGAAGGUGCCGCUGCCGUUCCAUUUGCUCUCUCCAGUUCCAAUCCCAGCUCCUUCUUUCUUCUCCUCUCCAGAUCCCGACACCACCGCCGCUACUACUCCGCUGGUGCAACUCCGCCACGGCGCUUCGGUGACGAGACCGCCGAUUCCCGCCUCCGAUGAUAACAAAGCUGUUGCUGCUUCUGCUGUUUGUUGUGGCGGUGGAGCAGCAGGCCCGACUGUUCGUUCCGGUGGCAUUGGGCCGGCGCAUCCGAUUUACCCGAUAUCGUGGAAAGAUGAGAAAGAAGAAUUUGGGAUCAAUGCCAACAAUGUUGCUGCUGCAGCGAGGAAGGGAAGUAAGUGCAGCAGCAGGAGUAGUAAUGCUGAUCCUGAAAUGUUGAGACAACAACGACAACCAGCUGCUGCUUCUGCUUCCCAUCUCCCACCUGGAAGAGAAGCAGCUGGUCAUCCUCCCCCUCAUCCUCGUCCUCAGCCUCCUCCUACUUCGACAUUGGACCAUCAA